AUGCCUGCACCACAAGAGAAAGCACAGAUUUUAUGGUGGUUCAUAGAAACGAAAUCCAUAAUGCAAACACAGAGAAAUUGCAGAAGAAUUUACCAAAAAGAUCCUCCAUCCAAAAGCAGCAUUUUGCGGUGGAAAAAGAAUUUUCUAGAAACUGGAAGUAUCGCAAACAAGAAACGUUCCGAAUGUCCCUGCACAAGGGAUUUUGAUGUUGAGCGUGUCAGAGAGACAUUUUUACACAAUCCUAGAAGGUCUGUGAGAUCAGCGGCAAGAGAAUUGGAUAUGCCAAUUUCGACGGUGUACAUGGUUAUUAAGAAAAAAUUAAGAUUGCAUGCAUACAAAGUUCAAAUUGUUCAAGUUUUGGAACCGGACAAUAGGCCUAGGAGGAUGGAUAUGCUAAGGAGGAUAGAAGAUGAUGCUGAAUUUCUGAAGCGCAUAAUGUUCUCCGACGAAGCAUCCUUUCAUCUUUCUGGCACU